AACGCAUAGACAUGUUAUAACACUUUUUAGCACUUUUUAGAAAGCGCUAAGAAAAACAUGUUAAAAACUGGGUUAGAUGGUACUUUUCUACAAACCCUAUUAUUUGGUACUCAUUAAUAGCGCUUUUCAGGAAACGCUAUUGUUGGAGGGAGGGUAUAAAUAGUGUUUUUACACAAACACUAUUGUUCUGGCUUUAUGAAAGGAAAAAAAAAGGUGGAUUAUUUUCAUUUUCGUGCACAAAGGGCUUAUCCCAGCCCCACAUAGAACGUAGUGUUUAUCAUUGUCAAAAAAGAAAAGAAAAAGAAAAAAGAAGAUAGUGCUUUACACCAUCAUGCAAACGCUUUUCUUCAUCUUCUUCUCCUUCAUCAACCUCUCAAUCGCGUCAUCUUCUUCUCAAUCGCGUCUUAUGUUUUAAGGAAACGCUAUUGUUGGAGGGAGGGUAUAAAUAGUGUUUUUACACAAACGCUAUUGUUCUGGCUUUAUGAAAGGAAAAAAAAAGGUGGAUUAUUUUCAUUUUCGUGCACAAAGGGCUUAUCCCAGCCCCACAUAGAACGUAGUGUUUAUCAUUGUCAAAAAAGAAAAGAAAAAGAAAAAAGAAGAUAGUGCUUUACACCAUCAUGCAAACACUUUUCUUCAUCUUCUUCUCCUUCAUCAACCUCUCAAUCGCGUCAUCUUCUUCUCAAUCGCGUCUUAUGUUUCAAGAUCUGCUUGAUCGCAAUCACUCUUACAUCUUCAUCGGAAUCGCUCUUCAUCACAAUCGCUGAUUCGAUGAGGCGCUUAACUGUUGCGCAGCUGACUGAUUGCAACAAAUGCGAAUUACCCCAAGGACGGCUUUGUGGAGAUUGCCUCUACACAAGUUGAAGACGACAUAGCUGUAAGGAAGACCUGCAUCCUCAUUUUCUACACCAACAACAAACACUCUACUGUAUGAUGAAAGUAAAUAAAGGACAAAAAGACAAGAGAAUUUGAGAAAAGAAUAAAAAAAGAAACAAGGGACAACAUGCUGAUAUUGAGACUCAUGUUAAAGUGAACAAUAAUGAGAUUAAUAAGUCUAGAGAUGAUGUUUACAUCAGUUCCCAACUCAAACAGCCUAUGCUACCUUCUAGAGGAGAACCACCGUUAGUAAAUGUUCUAGAAAAUAUAGAGUCCAAUGCUGAAUUGUAUCAAAAGUUCAAAGCUUGGUUGGAAAAAUUUUCAAAGCAGGGGCAAAUUUCAAUUAAAGGUCAAAAGAAGCAAAAACCAUCGACAACUAGAAUUUCGAUCCAAGAGGUAGAAUCUACUCAAAUAGAACAUAAAAAGCAGGAUCACAUGAAACAGUCACAUGUUCAACAAGCCAAACUAGUGGACGGCUCUAUCAUGAAUGGAUUAAGCAACAAAGUUUAUGCUCGAAUCAAAAAGGACCUUGUUAAUCACGGACCACCCAAGAAGCAAAAGAAUACUCUGAAGCGUAAGUGGAACAAAGUUUCUGCUCAACACAAAACGGACCUUGUUAAUCACAAACCAGCCAAGAAGCAAAAGAUUACUCCAAAGUUGGACGACCCUUUGAUGAAUGGAUUAAGCAACAAAGUUUAUGCUCAAAUCAAAAAGGAACUUGUUGAUCAGGGACCAUCCAAGAAGCAAAAGAAUACUCCAAAGUUGGACGACUCUAUGAUGAAUGGAUUAAGCAACAAAGUUUGUGCUCAAAUCAAAAAGGAACUUGUUGAUCAUGGACCAUCCAAGAAGCAAAAGAAUACUCCAAAGUUGGACCAAUCUAUGUUCAAUGGAUUAAGCAACAACUUUUCUGCUCAAGUCCAAAAGGACCUUGGUGAUGAUGGACCGUCGAAAAAGCAAAAGAGUACUCCAAAGAUUCCUUCAAUGUCACUUGAUGAGUACUUUAAAAGGAGUAGGGAGCAACUUGAAGCAGAGGAGUCUGAAAAUGAAGAACUUUACAGGGAACAAGAAGUUGAGGGUGAGAUAAACUAUGAAAAUGGUGAUGGUGAUAAUUCAAUGGAAGGUAACACAAAAAAAAAAAAAAAAAGAGGAAGCACAUUGUGCUUAAAAAUUCAUGCUCGGUCACUAGUUGAUAGACAAGAAAUCACCUUAAAUGAAGAAGGAGAGGCCAUUGUACCAAGUCAAAAGAUAGUUUCUAAAUUCAGCAAUUUUUUGGGAUCAGUAGCAAGGAUGUCAGAUUUAUGUCCUCUUACUUACACAAAUUGGAAGGCUAUACCAAAGAAGAAGAAGACUAUAUGGGCCUAUGUCAAUAAAAGAUACAUUGUUCUAGAAAAAGGACAGAAGGAUGUAUAUGCUAUUAUAAAUGAUGCUUGGAGGUGGUAUAAAUGGUUGAUUAAGAAAAAUCAUUUUACUAAGUAUAGAAACUUGUGUGAGCGGCUGAAAAACCGUCCAGACAGCAUACCUGAAGCACACUUUAAGAAAUUAAUGACUUAUUGGAGUUAUGAAGCUAUUCGAGAAAUCAGUCAUCAAAAUGCUAAGAAUAUAGAUAAACAAAAAUGGAGACAUCAAGCGGGUCCCAUAAGCUUUGCUGUCAUAAGGGAAAGAUUGCGUGCAACCAAGGAUGAUAGAGAGCCUCCAACUCAAGCUGAAGUUUUUAUUGAAACACGACAAAGCAAGAGAGGAAAGCAGUUGGACCAAGUUACAAGUGAUGCAAUCACAAAUCUUCAAGAUUUGAUCACAAAUUCUGAUCAUUCUUCGGUUGAAGCUUUUCAAACUGUCUUUGGAAAAGAAAAACCAGGGAGAUUGCGCUGCUAUGGAAGAGUUACAACAUCUUCUCUGUUGAAAAGAAAUAAAGUGGCAGAUAUGGAAAAAAAGCAUGCUGCUGAGGUGAAAAGUUUAACUGACAAGGUCCAAGAGAUGGAGACCAUACAUAGAAAGGAUAUGGCUGCAAUGGAAGAAAAAUUGCAAGUUCUUCUUAGAGUCAUGCUGAACCAAAGCAACACAGGCAUAGAUAUGGGGGAUUUAGGAGCUUUUUUAUCAACCCGAAAUGAUGACAAUAAUGUUCGACAUUCAUCUACAUCUAAUCAUGAGUCAGUCAUGAAGCUCACAGUGAAGACUCUGAAAGGAAGCCAUUUCGAAAUCAGAGUUCAUCCUUCUGAUUCUAUAAUGGCUGUAAAAACGACUAUUGAAGACAUUCAAGGAAAAGAUAAUUACCCAUGCAGACAACAAUUACUAAUUCACAAUGGAAAAGUUUUGAAAGAUGAAACUACUUUAGCUGAUAAUGAAGUCUCUGAAGAUGGCUUUCUUGUUGUCAUGCUCAGUAAGGUAAAUAAUAGAUCUAUGGGUGGUGAAUGUUUUGUUGAUAACUACGAAGAAGAGGAUGAAGAACACUUCUUUGAUGAAUCAGACGAAGAGGAUGAAGAAAAAUUCUUUGAUGACUUGGAUGGAGAUGAGGAUGAAGAAUAAUUUGACUCAUUAAUUCUUGUUUAUUUUCAUUAUUUGAUGUAAUAAAUUUCACAUUGAAGGCUAAAUUGUUGAUAUCCAUUACAAAAUGAUUGACUUUGAUUAGACAUUUAUUUUGAUUCAUACUA